AAUAAUUUCAGAACUAGAGACUUCUGCGUCUCUGGCUCUUAUUAGACUAUUUAUAUUACUUAAAUAAGAUUCCUUAUUAAGGUUAGAAUAUGUUGGAUAUUCUUCAUUUAAAAUUGAUCAUCUGUACUCUGAUUAUUCUUUUCAAUAUUGUUAAGGGAGAGAAACAUUUUUGUCCUGAUUUUAAAACUACUAAGAAAACAGAAACAGCACCUUGUUCUGAUUUCUUUGAUCGAGUUCUAAAAAGAUGGAUUUUAGAUCAGAAUGGGAGUAACCUUGGCAAUUUAACUGCUAAAGAGGCUCAAUCUAAAAUUAAUGAAUGGAGUAACUCUCCAGAUAAAACAAGAAUGUGUCAAUACAACAGAGAAUAUCGGGAACCCAUUGAGAAGUGUUGCCAAGGUUGGAAAGGGGAUGAUUGCUCUAUGCCACUUUGCAAUCCACCAUGUCUUAAUGGUAUAUGUACAGCACCUAAAACAUGCCAAUGUGAGCAAGGAUAUAGUGGCAUUGCUUGUGAUCAACAAAAAGACCUUAUUACAGAGAAUAUGAAAUACUGCUUUUCAACACUAGAUUGUUCUGGAAAAGUUUCAUCUACAGACCCAAUAAAUAAAGAAAGCUGUUGUGGGGCCUCUGGUUCUACAUGGGGUAUCACUGGUGGUGCUUGUUUAAGCUGUAAUGGAGAUAUAGUGUCCAGUUCUGAUCCAACUAAACCAGCAAUUGUAAAGCAAAAAUAUAAUAUUGGAUUUCACACUUGCAUGAAUUAUGCAGGAAAAGUUUUCAGAACUUUUGAUGGACUACAAUAUCUCUUUGAAGGUUUCUGCGAGUAUACAGUUUACAGUGAUGCAACCAAAACUGUUACAACUAAAAUCAUUGACUGUGACGAACUUGAAACUUGUCAUCAAAAUUUAACAUUUAUUUUAAAUACCAGAACCACUGUGGAGGCAUCUGGUCAUAAUAUCUUUGUCAAUGGGAAGCAGAUUUCUAUUUCUCAUUCUGGGAAACAAUCAUUAUCAAAUGUUAAGUUUGAGUGGAUUGGUGAUUAUAUCUUCUUGGAAUAUGCUGAGCUAAGGGCAAAAUGGUUGAUUGAUGGCUCAUCUACCUGGUUUAUCUCUAUAGAUGAUGCCAAGAGUCCAAGAAAUUCGCAAAUUCAGGGAAUAUGUGGUAAUUUUGAUGGUGACGCAUUGAAUGAUAUGAGACAAAAAAAUGGUCAAAUAGCUGUAUAUCCUGCUGCCAUGGCCAAUUCAUUUUCAAUUAGGGAUUUGUCUAGUAAAGGAGAAGUUUGUCCUGAUGCUCCAAGUACAACAUUUGAAUGUAAAAAUGAUGGUAUACUGGAGGAAGCUAAAGAAAAGUGCAAUAGCUUCAAAAAAUUUCCAAUGUCAGUUUGUCAAGAAAGUGUGGAUGCGCGUAUUUACAUAAGCUUGUGCAUUCAUGAUUUUUGUAAAUUAUCAAAAAAAUCCAAGAAAGAAAUAAGUGUUGAAAAAAUGCUCUGCUUUUAUAUGGAAAUGUACACUUAUGAAUGUGCUAUUCAUGGUGUAAUAAUUGACAAUGUGAAGCAAAAUAUUUGCCCAAGAAAAUGUCCAGCAAAUAUGACUUAUAAAUCAUGUGUUCCACAAUGUCAGAAAACUUGCAAAAGUCUUUACACCUUCACAUCAGAUAAAAUGUGUCAGAAUGAAUGUGUUCCUGGUUGCCAAUGUGAAGAUGGCACUUACUUUGAUGCAGAAUCUGAAAAGUGUGUGAAACCUGAAAAUUGUUCUUGUCACUUUCAAGCUAAACGUUACCAUCCUGGAGAUAAAGUCAAAGUUGACUGCAAUGAAUGUCAAUGUGAGAAUGGAAGGUGGAUAUGUGAACAAAAUCCAUGUCCUAAAGAGUGUUCAGUUAUUGGCUAUCAGCAUUUCCAAACUUUUGAUGGAGAUCUCUAUGAUUUACGAGGAGAUGAUUGUGAAUAUACUUUAGUUGAGACUGAAACUGGUGAAAGUGGCAAGCACAAUAUUAAAGUAAAAUAUGAAAUUGAAGAUUGUACAGAUAUGGUUGUUCUCUGUACCACUGCUAUUAUUGUUGAGUAUCAAAAUAAUACUGUAAAAGUACAAAAAGAGAGAGAUAGACCACUGAAACUUAUAUUUAAUAAUAAAGUUAUGUCCAACUUGGAAAGGAAUCCAAUUAUGAUGGAGAGUUUUGUUGUUAAACAAGUGACAAGCCUGUUUACAGUUCUUCAGGGAUUUGGUUUUUCAAUUGAUUUUGAUGCCAAUGGGCGAGUGUAUAUUUACCUUUCACCAUAUUUUAUUGGUAAAGUGAAAGGGCUAUGUGGUAAUAUGAAUGGCUCACCAAAAGAUGAUCGUCAAAGUAAAGCAAAUGGUCCACACUCAAAUCUAAUCGAAUUUUCUGAAUCUUAUAGACAACUAUCUUGUAAAUCUCUUAAGAGAAAGAAGGCAGGAGAGGUUAUAGAUCCCUGUACUACUCAAUCAAGAAGAGCUGACUCAGCACAAAAGAUAUGUAAAAUUUUAGUUGAUGAGAAAGAUGUUUUUGCACCAUGCUUGGAUUAUAUAGAUGGCAGUUACUAUCAAGAGAUGUGUGAAUAUGACUUGUGUGCUAGUGAUGCAGCCUUUGGUUACAAAUCAUUGUGUGUUGUGGUAACUGCAAUGGCAAAAAAAUGCUUAGAAAAAGGAAUAAAAAUAGAAUGGAAACGAAAUGAUCUUCUAGCCACAAAAUGCUCAGACUCUUCUUAUAAAUGCUCAAAUGAUAAAUUAUACAGGGAAUGUUCUUCAUCAGCUGUAAAUUGCCGAGAUGGCAAAAAUCCUUUGGCACAUAAUGAAGAACGUUGCUAUGCAGGAUGUUCAUGUCCAAGUGGGCAGAGGAUGGAUGCUGAAAAUAGAUGUGUCAGCAUAGAAAAGUGUACAUGCUAUGAUGAGAGUGACAAAUCAUCCCCUUAUAAGAAAUCUGGUACAGUUAUUAAAAAGCACUGUAAGGAUUGUAUCUGUGUAAAUGGCUCUUGGGAGUGUAAGGAGGCAGAUUGCUCUUUUAAAAAUUGUGAAAAAAAUCAAAUCUGGAAGGAAAAUGCUGUAACAUGUGGUGUUUCUUGCUCUGAUUACUCCUUUAAAGACCAAUGUGGUGAUCUUGAAUAUUAUACAGGUUGCGCAUGUCCAGAUGGUCUUCUUCUCAGCCCCGAUAAAAGUUGUGUUAAACCAGAAACUUGUCCCUGUCUUCAUAAUGGGCAGUUAUACAACAAAACUGAUAUCCUACAUGAUGGCUGUAGUUAUUAUGCAUGCAUUGGUGGAUUAUGGAAAAAAACAGCAACUGAUGAUGAAGAUUGUCAAGGUAUAUGCAAAGCCAGCGGUGAUCCUCACUAUUUAACUUUUGAUGGUAAAUGGUACAGUUUCCAGGGUCCUUGCACUUAUUAUCUUGUACAGCAUAAAGAAAUAUCAAUUAUUGGGGAAAAUGUACCUUGUGGGACUACAGGGGCUACAUGCACUAAAAGCAUUAAAGUUAUUACAGGAAGAAUGAUAAUUCAUUUGAUACAUGGUGCUGAUGUAUAUAUUAAUAAUGUAACAGUUGAUGUUACAAAUCCAAUUGCUUUUGACAAUUUAAAAAUUGGUGAGAUUGGAUCAUUUACAAGUAUUUAUUUUUCAAAGUUGAAAGUGACAAUACUGUGGGAUAAGCAUACUAGAGUUUACAUAUACAUGAAUCAAAUGUACAAAGGCCAAGUCAAAGGUUUAUGUGGAAAUUAUGAUGAUGAUUCAGAAAAUGAUUUUGGUGAAAGUCAAAAUUCAUUUGAGUUUGGAAGCACAUGGGAGGUUAGCGGAACCUGUAGUGGAUCACCUCCAGAAGCUCAUCCCUGUAAAUUGCAUCCCGAGAGAUUUGAAUGGGCCAAGAGCAUAUGUAGAGUGAUAAAGGAAGGACCUGUCUUUGCAAAAUGUCGCCAAUCUGUUCCAAAUUAUGAACUUUUCUAUAAGGAUUGCCUCUGGGAUGCUUGUGGAUGCAAUACAGGAGGAGACUAUGAAUGUGUUUGUGCAUCAAUAGCCAACUUUGCUGAUGAGUGUAAUAGAAGAGCAAUCCCUUCCAAAUGGAGAAGCCAACAUUUAUGUCCUAUUAUGUGUACUGGAAAUUCAGAAUAUCGAGAAUGUGGUCCAUCUUGUCCGCAAACAUGUAAAAAUAUAGGUGAUGAAAAGGAUAAAUAUUGUGAUCAUGGUCCAUGUGUAGAGGGAUGUUACUGUAAGGAAGGUUAUAUACUUCAUAAUGCAAAAUGCAUACCUGCUGCAGAUUGCUCAUGUUACUAUAAGGAAACAGCUUAUCCAAAGGGAUCUCUCUUAAGAAAAAACUGCCAAAACUGUACUUGUAUAAAUGGGCUAUUUAAUUGUGUUGGAGAUAUGUGUAAUAUCACUUGCAAAGCAAAUGAGCAAAAAUGCAAAACAGCAGAGAAGUGCAUUUUAAAAGAUUUUGUUUGUGAUGGUAUGUAUGAUUGUCCAGAUCUCAGUGAUGAGUCGAAUUGUAAAAAAAAAUGUCUUCCUACGGAAUUUUCAUGUUUCAUGGGUAAAAAAUGCAUUUCCAUGAAUUACAUAUGUGAUGGAAAAAACGAUUGCUUAGACAAUAGUGAUGAAACUGGAUGCAAACCCCCAAAAUGUGAAAAGACAGAAUUUCAGUGUGCAAAUGGCAGGUGUAUUGAUGAAACUUUUAGAUGUGAUGGAUAUCCAGAUUGUGGUUUAGGUGACAAAUCUGACGAAGUCAACUGUACUAAUCAAUGCAAGGGUGAUAAGCAUUUUCUGUGUGAUAAUGGAGAAUGCAUACCUUCCAUUGCUAGAUGCGAUUUGCAUAGUGAUUGUGGAGAUGGAAGUGAUGAAAAAGAUUGUUGGACAACUAGUCUGCCCAAUGUUACAGAAGUAAUAACUACAACCCCAGCGCCAACACACACCUCAACUUUCAAUGCUACAACAUUCUCUCCUCUCUGUCAAUCAGGAGAAAAUCCUGUUAGCUACAAUUACAAUAAUAAAAUUAUGAAUAUUAUAAGAGACCCAGAGGGAAAGCAUGAUGUUGAAAGUGGUUUGUUAGGAUCAGGAGCAACAUGGGUAGAUUUAAUGAAUUUGAAAAAACAUACAUUUACUAUCACACCAAAGGAACCAACCUUCAAUAUACUACUUAGAAUUGAAUUUGCAGUUAAGAAUGUGAAAAGUGUCAAAGUAAAAUUUUAUUGCCCUGAUGAAAAAGUUGAAGAAACAGAUCCUGUGAUUCCUGAAAUUAGUUCAGAAUUUACAAGAUUCUAUAAAAAUUUUGAUCACCCUGGUUAUAAAUAUGAUAAAAUUGAAUUAUAUUUUGAGGUAGAAGAAAGUUCACCACUAGAAAUAAAGGAUCUUAAUUUAAUACUCUGUUCAGAAAUUUUAUCAUCAACAGCUUCCACUCUAAGUGCAACUACAAUGGUACAAGAAACCACAGCAUCAACAGAGUGUCAGGGUGGCACCAAUAUAGUUUUUGAUUACUAUAAUCAACAAAAGAUGGUACUUCAAAGUUCCAGUUACCCAAAAAGAGAUUUGUCUUCAGUAUUGAAAGGGUCAAAUAAAAGUUAUACAGAAGAGGGUUAUCAAGUGCAACUAACUAUAACACCAAAAGAUAGAGAUGGGUCUUAUAUGGUAAAGAGACUGAGAGUAAAAUUUAGAAAUGUUGCUUAUUAUCAAAUUGAACUUUAUACAAACAAUAAUUCAAUUGUUAGAAGCCAUAAUAUUGAGGUUUUUGGAGUUGAAGGAAGUUUUGAUGAAAUAGGACAUGGUGUUGAAAUAAAUCAUAUAAAUAUAUAUUUCACAAAAAGACCUGGAAUAAAUAAUGAUGUAGAUCUAUUUGAGUUUUCUUCUGAAAUGUGCUUCAAUGAACUCAGUAAACCAAGCAUUUACACAUUUUCAGUAAUUAAAUGCAUUUCUUUAUGA